AUAUAUUUUGUUGGCUGUAAAAUGGUUGCCCUUUUGUUGGUAUGGCCGAAGAAUAUGAGCCUACAACUCGACAUACGACCCAAACUCACCGAGCCGGAUGAUUCUACUAACCGGGUUGACUCAUUUUUCCUUCCUCGCCAAUCGGAUUGGGUUGUCUUGUCGUCCGCUGAACUAGCCAUUCAAACCCCCGCCAGUCUCUUCUUCCUCUCUCUCCAAGAGAGAAAAAUAUAAACGAGAACCUCAUUUACAAAAAAUUUUCUCGGAAAAGAAAAUAAAACCUAAACUUUGUCUCUAUCCAAACACAAAAAAAUGUCUCAUAUAAUGUUCCAAACCUCUCCACUUCCCAAAACCUUAUUAUUAAAACCAAGUCUGCCCCCCCUGUUUCGUCCUUUGUCCGGUAAGCUUAGGAUGAAUCUGACAGUGAGAUGUUCGUCGUCUUCUUUAAUCGACGGCGGAGAUUCCUCCGUCGCUGCUCUCGAGCGCUGUUUCUUGGCACCACUGGCUCCAGUGCAGUCCGCUUCUUCCAGUUCGGGUGAGGUGGGACCGGUUAUGAAAGGAGGAAAGUACGGUGCGUUUGGUACCGUUACGUUGGAGAAAGGGAAGCUUGAUUUGUCUCAGUCUCAGAAACGGUCCACGUCUAGCCCUGAUCUUGCAACCGGAGGAGGUGGAGGAGAUAUUGGAAAGAAAAUUAAUCAUGGAGGUGGGGAUGGAGGUGAUGAUGAUGGAGAUGACGAUGAUUAUUUCGAUGACUUUGAUGAUGAUGGGGAGGGAGAAGAUGGUGGACUGUUUAGAAGACGGAUGUUUCUUGAAGAGCUUUUUGAUCGAAAAUUUGUAGAUGCCGUAUUGAAUGAGUGGUACAAGACGAUGAUGGACUUGCCUGCUGGUUUCCGACAAGCUUAUGAAAUGGGAUUGGUCAGUUCAGCACAAAUGGUAAAAUUCGUAGCAAUUAAUGCAAGACCAACCACCAGUAGAUUUAUUUCUCGUACACUUCCUCAAGGAAUGUCGCGGGCAUUUAUUGGCAGGAUGCUUGCGGAUCCUGCCUUUUUGUACAGGCUUCUUUUAGAGGAGGUUGCCACUAUUGGCUCUUCUGUUUGGUGGGAGUUGAAGAAUCGAAAGGAUAGGAUUAAGCAAGAAUGGGAUCUGGCACUUAUGAACGUGCUCACUAUAGCAGCAUGCAAUGCUCUAGUAGUUUGGUCUCUUGCUCCUUGUCGUUCUUAUGGUAACACCUUCCGGUUUGACUUGCAAAACACUUUGCAAAAGCUUCCAAACAAUAUAUUUGAACAGAGUUACCCACUUCGAGAAUUUGACUUGCAAAAGAGAAUCCAUUCUCUUUUCUACAAGGCUGCAGAGUUGUGUAUUGUUGGAUUAACUGCUGGAGCUGUGCAAGGUUCUUUGUCAAAUUUUUUGGCCAGUAAAAAGAAAGAAAAGUUAUCUGUGACAAUUCCGUCUGUGAGUACCAAUGCACUUGGUUAUGGUGCUUUCCUUGGACUCUAUGCAAACCUUAGAUAUCAGCUUUUGUGUGGGUUUGAUCAAGCAAUGGUGAACCAUUUUGAUGUCAUUGGUGUAGCAUUGUUCUUCAGCACAGCUUUAAGGUUUUUGAAUGUUCAAUUAGGAGAGAGAUCAAGGCUGGCUUGGCUAGGUGUUGAGGUUGUUCCGCUGGUUCAGUCAGAUAACCUCUUGAAGGCUUACAACAAACCUUCCGAGGAUGGGACUAGGUCAUCUUCUAAAUGGUUUAUAUCCAAGAAUGCUAUUGUUUCUGGUCUUGGACUUCUUGGAAUCAGACGAAAAAAUGUUGAAUCUGCUGCUAAUGGAGAAACUGGAGCUCCAAAGGCCCGGAGAAAAAGGAUUGUCCGCAAGAAGGUAACUGCAAGCUCUGCGUAAUUAGUUGUAAUAAUUGCCAUUGCUGUCCAAUUUUGCUGCCUGACGGAGGGAAUUCAAUAAGAAAAGAACCUCAACAUCGUGUGGAUUUGCUAUGAUUUCUGUCUAGUGCUGAUUUUGGGCUAAAGGAUCACAUAGCACCAGCACAUUAACCUUAACAUGAAGAUUGUUUUUUGGAAGAGUUCUUGAUUGAUUCUACUAGUUUUAAUUUGAUGUUAUAUAUUUGUUAUAUUCAAUGAAGUGCUACACUCCAACUUGAGUAGCUUGAUUUCUUUUGCAACCAAAAUAAAUUGAAAGGGAUAAUUUUGGCAGAUACUUAUAAUAGAGCGCUGUGCAGUUAAUUGUUCAUUAAUUUCUAUAUAUGAAUUUGGAAUAGAAGGCAUAGAUAUACUGUUUCCUCUCAAAGUGUAGCCAACUUUUUUUUAAUUGAAUC